AUGCUUCUUCUGCUAACAUUUUGCGUCAGAGCACCAGACAGUACCUUUUGGUUGGAAACGGAUCUCACAUGUCCUUACGGUAAGGGGCGUGAUUGGUGGUCUGUUUCCAGGGUCUUAGAGCCAGAACCAAGGAAUGUUGAUGAGCAAGCCUAUCCUCAUCUGGCUAUUCAUCUCAUUGAUACGAAGGAAGCUCGGGAAGACUCCAUACUCUUCUCUGAAUUCAGUGCAUUAGUUUUUGCUAUGCGAGGCCGCGCAAACCAGCGCAAGGUAGAUUCAGAGACAGAGAAGUGGAGGCUUAUGGAAAACGAUGGUGAAGGGACAGAAGAAUAUCCAUAUCUCUUUCCUAAUGAAGAGUACUUUCCUGUACUUCUCUUCUCUUUUGUCCUUCCUCAACACGCAAGAAUCCUUACUGCAUGCAUAGUCCAAGAAAAGCUGGUCAUUAGACAGUCGAAACUGUACAGCUUUGAAUGGAAGAAGAGCGCGCCGAUUGAUUUUUUUCUUCGCCUUUACCUGAGCCGUCCUUUGGAGACCCGGGGGUGAGUACGACUAUGUCCUCCACCGCACUUUCCCCACGCGUUUUUCCUUAUGCAGUUUCUGCGUUUACUUGUGUAACGAC